UGCAGCCGGUGGUGAGUGAGUGCUCGCAGCAGCAGACGCCGCGGGCCACCUCGAACACCAGCAGCAGUAGCAGCAGUGGGGCGGCCUCAGCGGCUAGCUCGGGCAGCGCAGCUGGCAUGGCCGUGUCCCGUGUGCCCUCGCCCCCUCCACCCAAGGUCAAUACGCCCGUCGCAAAGAACCGGUGCUACAAUGAGGUUAAAGUGGUAAAGUUGAGCUAUAUGUGGACCAUCACCAACUUCAGCUUCCGUCGUGAGGAAAUGGGCGAAUUUCUCAAGUCAUCCACAUUCUCUGCUGGGGCCAAAGAUAAGCUCAAAUGGUGUUUGCGGAUGAAUCCAAAGGGUCUGGAUGAAGAAAGCAAAGACUACCUCUCAUUGUACCUGCUUCUAGUCUCAUGUAACAAGUCAGAAGUCAGAGCCAAGUUCAAACUUUCAAUACUAAAUGCCAAAAGAGAAGAAACCAAAGCUAUAAAGAGCCAGCGUGCAUACCGAUUCGUGCAAGGCACAAAGUGGGGCUGCAGGAAAUUCAUUCGAAGAGACUUCCUGCUGGAUGAAGCGAACGGUCUGUUGCCCGAUGACAAGCUCACAAUAUUUUGCAAGGUGAGCGUAGAAGGGGAUAGUGUAAACAUCUCGGGACAGUCAAAUGCGAUACAGUUCAAAGCGCCAGAGCGCCGUCUCUCAGACGACCUCGGCUUGCUGUUUGAAAACCAGAAGUUCAGCGAUGUGACCUUGUCAGUAAGUGGACGGGAGUUCCAGGCCCAUAAAGCGAUAUUAGCAGCUCGGAGUCCUGUGUUUGCAGCCAUGUUCGAACAUGAGAUGGAAGAAAGGAAAGAUAACCGGGUUGAGAUAACAGAUGUAGAUCAUGAGGUUCUGCGUGAAAUGUUGCGCUUCAUAUACACUGGCAAAGCAACCAACCUUGAGAAGAUGGCUGAUGAUUUGCUCGCUGCUGCCGACAAGUAUGCACUAGAGAGGUUAAAAGUCAUGUGUGAAGAAGCACUGUGCACGAACCUGUCGAUAGAGAAUGUAGCCGACAUGUUGAUUUUGGCAGACUUGUACAGUGCAGACCAGCUCAAGGCACAGUCCAUCGCCUUCAUUAACACGCGUCCUACAACAACAAAAAAAUGGAAAUUUAGCAGAUGUUGGAACUCCUUCUGA